AUGGGUAUAAAAGCUUCAUCCCGCCGCUAUCAUCUGCCAGUCUGUCUUUCUAACCAUCGCAUUCAUCUGAUCAAACACACACACCUCCACAUCGGCAUACUACUGACGGACCCGGUUCCCGCUGUUCUCCACCAGACUCCCAAACUACACAAGAUGCGCUUCACACUCGUCUCGCUGCUCUCCCUGUCCGCGCUCGCCCUCGCCGCGCCGGCGCCCGAGCCCGCGCCCCAGGGCAACGUCGCGCCCACGUGUAGUGAGGCCGGCGACUGUGCGUCCUUCUGCACUCAACCAUGCACGCGGCCGUUCUGCGGCCUCUCGGCCUUUGGUACGACGUGCUGA